AAGCGUCCAUUUUACUAAAAGAAGUUUCAAUUUUGACAAUAGAAAGCAAUGUUUUACCGAUAUUAACUAAUUUUAACAAAAAAAUAAUUCUUAAGAUACGCCAAAGAAACCCGUAUCUUAUAAAAUAUAUAAUAGUUGGGACAUUUCACGACCCAAUAAUGUGAUUACAAUUUAUCAAAAUAUAUUCUAUUGAUGUGACAAGGUCUAUUACAAAACAUUUGUAAUUCGUAUUUGUAUGAUCUGUCUAGUUUUGUUUGUAUGGCGUUAAGUGUACUUUCGAUGGUUUUCUUAGAUAAUAAAACGGUAAUAAUCAAGUUCAAGUGGAAAUGGUUCGAGUAAACACCUUGAUGUCCACCGAAGAGGGUGUAAAAACUCCUCACAGGAUCGAAUUGUGUGAAGAGAAACAAGUGAAACCAACACGCAAUUACAGAAAGCGCAGAAUUAUCAAUACGGCUACAAUAAAGACUGAAAAUGAAGAAUUAAGCUCUGAACCUCCAAUAAAAAAGACAGAGUUGAAGUCUAAACCAUUGAAGGCUUCCAAUGGAAUAGCUACAAACAUGACAAAUGGUAAUACAACAAGGCCGAGGGGGGGUAAGGCUGCUGCACGAUCUGCUGACAGUCAUAAACUUACUGAAUAUUUCAAAGAAGAAAUUAAAAGUCCCAAAUCUGAAGCUCCACCACCCUCACCCCCGUUAGGGAAAAAUACCAAAACAGAUAAAUUGAAUGACAAUACAAAUCAUAAGCUGACAGAGUAUUUUCCUGUGAGGCGGAGUGUAAGGAAAACAUCAAAAUGUGUAAUGGCUGAAAAAAUGAGAGAUCUCGAGAAGGCUAUACGAGAACAAAGGGAAGAUGGUCUUCAGGUGGCAUACUUCGACGGUAAAGGGCGCGGCGUGAUAGCGACUCGUCCUUUCGGUAGAGGUCAGUUUGUGGUGGAGUACUCGGGCGAGUUGGUGGGGGUCGCGGAGGCGAGGGAGAGGGAACGCAAGUACGCACUGGACCCAAGUGCCGGCUGCUACAUGUACUACUUCAGGCUACAGGAUCAACAGUAUUGCAUCGACGCGACGGCAGAGUCAGGUCGACUGGGCCGGCUGGUGAACCACUCGCGCAACGGCAACUUGCUGACCAAGGCGCUGUGGCUGGACGGACCGCGCCUCGUGCUGCUGGCGGCGCACGACAUCGCGCCCGGCGACGAGCUCACCUACGACUACGGAGACCGCUCGCGCGAGUCGCUGCGCCACCACCCCUGGCUGGCGCUCUGACCUGGGACUGUAUUCAGAAAUCUCAGUUGGACUACAAACAAAUAUUUAUUAAUUUAACCUAGUACAUAAUAAUAUGAAGUUUGUUAAA